GCAUCACAACUUUGUUUAAUAAACAAACGAUCCUGUAGAACAAAUACUCAACAAAAUGAAGACCAUCUUCGCCAUCGUCGCUGCUAUUCUCGGAAUGGCCCACGCAUCGGUUCUGCAACUGGGUUUGAGCCCACUUGGGUUGAGCCCACUGGGAAUCAACCCACUGGGAGUAAACCCACUUGGAUUGAGUCCACUGGGAGUGAAUCCUUUAGGACUGAAGGCACUCCAGCUGAACUCGCUUGGAUUGGCAGCAUCCCCUACCGUCAUCCAAUCGAAUUUGGGAAUCCCAUCCGCUCUACCGUUGGGCGCUAUCUCCUCCCCAGCUCUGAUCGCUUCUGGACUUCCGGCUGCCAUUCAAAUUCAAGCUGCCGCUCCGAUUACUUUGGCCGCCCAAGCUCCUCUGAUUGCGGCUGCUGGUCCAGCUUCGUAUGUCGCUGCCAACCGUGGCUCAAUUCAUGCUGCCCCACUUGCGGGUCAUUUGAUUUCCCAGAAAUCGCUCAAUUUGGCCCCCGCUCCCGGAACGUUGUAAGUUAGAUGCCCUUCAAAAAUUGAAAAUCUAUGUACAGUGCAAUAGGUUAGUGUUAAUAAAAAAUAGCAUUC